GGGGUGAGUAUUGAAGAAAGUGGGUCCCAUGGGGCGAUGGGCGGUGGAAAUUGAUGGUCCAGAUUCCACUUAGCGUUGCUGCAACGCACCGCCCCCUAUCAUUCUCCUUUCUUCACUCUUUUCUUAACUAUUUAUUGUAACUUCUCUUCUCUUCUCUUCUCUUACAUUGCCAUCCUUAUUCACUUCCAACCUUCCUCAUCAUGUCUUUCAGAGGCCUCACUCGGCCAAAUGCUUCAUCAGGCAUGGGUGUUGCUGAUCACAGCAAAAAUACCUUCAUGGAAUUGAAGCAAAAGAAGGUUCAUCGUUAUGUGAUCUUUAAGGUUGAUGAAAAGAAAAGGGAAGUUGUGGUUGAGAAGACUGGUGGCCCGGCUGAGAGCUAUGAUGAUUUUACUGCAUCUUUGCCUGAAAAUGAUUGCAGAUAUGCUGUGUUUGACUUUGAUUUCGUCACUUCUGAGAACUGUCAAAAGAGCAAAAUCUUCUUCAUUGCAUGGUCCCCUUCAACAUCUCGAAUCCGUGCUAAGAUGCUCUAUGCCACAACUAAAGACAGGUUUAGACGGGAGCUAGAUGGUGUUCAUUAUGAAAUCCAGGCUACUGACCCCACAGAAAUGGAUCUUGAAGUGCUGAGAGACCGUGCACAUUGAAAUGUUUAUGCUGUUAUAUUAUUCACUUUCUUAUCAGAAUCUACUAGGACUUACUUUUAAUGAAUUACCUCUUCAUGCUUUAUCAUCCGAAGAGCCCAUUUUGCUAAAGAAAUAUACCUCCAAUAAUAUGAAUCUGAAUGCUGAUGGGUUUAAAGCUUUAGGCAGUUAUUGCUGUAAAUCCCAAUUUGCUGGACUCAUAUUGUAUGAGAUGAUGAACGUGAGACUCUAUGGAUCCAGAUCUCUUGGGUAUAAAAGUCCCUUGUUAUAGAAAAUUUUCAAAACUUGCGUUUAUCAA